CCUGUCGUGAUCUGGAUUGUUCCAACCGCUGGCCUCAGAUCCAUUCGCAUCCUCAACUGCAGACGAAGUCGGGUUGCCAUGAGUAGAUUCCAACCAGCCCUCCGUGCGUAAUAUUCACCGACAACGGGGUGCCCUCCUCGAGAACUGCGGUUAUGGGCCCAUGUGAACCUUCCAUGGUUCUGGACUAUGGAGUUCGAAGUAAAGGCGAAAAUCAGAUUGAAGAAGGGCUGAAAAUCUCUGCACUGCAGACUUUGGUCGUGAGCAGGGACUGAGGAGUUCGGACAGUUCUCGGCGAGGACGUUCGACUCACUCUCACUCUGACUCUCGCGUGGGCAGGGAGGCAUGAACUGAAGACUACGUCCAGGAGAGAGAGCUUCUGAAUCAUCAGCUGUUCGAGUGGCAAGUAUGGAGCUCGGAGAUUCACUGGCAGUUCCGCUGAUCGGAAAGGCACCCGUGCUUGCAGCAUCGGGGAAAGAAAAGGCAGCUACAAAUUUGCUGCUGGUGCAUCUGGCGACGAUAUCGACGGACGUGGCAUUUACAGUGAGCACCAUAUUGGUCAAGCGUUCUGUUUCUGAUCAGCACGUGAACACGGUGGUUUUCUCCGUCUACCGCGACGUGCUGGCCUGUCUCUUCCUGGUGCCCCUGGCGUACUUCCUCGAAAGGAAGACCCAGCCCCCUGUCACGUGGAAAAUUGCAGGCUUUUUCGUAGCCUGCGCUUUCACCGGUGUGUUCGCAGGUCAGUUGCUGUGUCUCAUGGGUCUGUCUCUGGCAAUUCCUGCGGACUAUGCCCUCACCACAACCCUCAUCCCGAUGUUUGUAUUCGGGAUUGCAAUGACAUUCGGAACUGAGAGUCUGGAGUGGAGGAGAAAGGAUGGAUGGUUCAAGAUCUUCGGAUUUGCAUUGAGUGCACUGGGCAUGAUCUCCAUCUAUUGCUUUAAAGGUCCCCCUGCCCUUAGACCCUUGCGAGGUAGCAAUCUCGGAAAUCCUUCACUCGGAUUAUCACCCAAUGGAGAGGGUGUGCUUUUAACAGCCCUCGGUGCUCUCAGUCUCGGGAUUUACGCCAACAUGAAGGUUCCUCUUCUGAGGCUGUACCCGUGUCCUUUUAGUAUCGGUGCAUAUGCGUAUAUCAUCGGGGCAAUCAUGCUGGGCACAACAGCUCUUCUCACAAUUCCGCCUUCAGAAUGGAUCGUCACAGAGCCAUAUGAUAUUCUCGCCAUUCUUUACCAGGGCAGUAUAUUGUCAACGUUGACCAUGGGUUUGGGCACGUGGACCACACAGAAGGCUGGACCGCUGAUAAAUGCGUCAUACUUCCCUCUUCAAACGGUGCUCACGACCUUUGCGUCUUACCUGUUUUUGAGUAACACGAUUUUCGUUAAUCAGAUCAUCGGCGGUCUCCUGGCAAUUUCCGGCUUGUGGUCACUUACAUAUGGAAAGCUCAUAACAGCAAAAUUAGACUCCAUGAAUCAGGAUGUACCACCUUUACUUGCAGAAUCAUCGAAGGUUUAAUAUUACGGAUCCAACAGGCCACGACAUUGUUAAUAUAGCUCCUCAAAGAAUAUAGAGUAGGAUAUAUCCUCUAGCUCUCUUCUAGAAUAUUUUUGGAAGAUGGGAGUAAUAUACUGCAUGGAAUAUUGGGCAAAUCUCCGAACGGAAUCUCUAUUGGCGUAAAUCAUUCUUUCCAUUCUGUAGCUUCUCGAAGUAUAUGGGACGGACUCUUUGAAGGCAUUAAAAGAAGAUUCACUGAGGGCAGCACAUUACUCCCGAAAAGGAAAUGAAGAGAAUCAGGAUGUG